UUGCAGAGAAAGUUGCAGUCAGUCAACGUCCACUAGAAGUGAAGACAUUUCUAAAGAGAAGAUGAAGAACGUGAAGAAGCACUUGUGCUCCCUGCUGCGUGUGAUGAUGCCCUGCGUUGGCUUUGCGUUGAUUUGCAUGGGCGCCUACCUGCUGUCCCAACAGGGCGGCGACGACGACGUAGACUCAUGGGCACUCAUCCUUGCUUACGUCCUGAUGGUGUUGGGCUUCCAGGCCAUCUUUGUCGGCGUCAUUUGGAGCUUCUGCCACCGCAUGAAGAGCAAAGUGUAUCGGAGGAGAAGACUACAACACGACAUCCAAGUGUACACUAUUGAGAGAAGACCCAGCUCCUUCCCCCCCGCCUAUGAGGAGUCCCAGGGGAGUCACCAGAGUCCACAUCCAGGGGAAGAACUGGUCCUGGAGGAGCUGCAGGUGAUCUUGGGCUUGGCACCUCCACUCUACAGCCGGGACAGCGCUCAGAGUCCAGACUGCACAUGGAGCUGGGAGCAGCCGCCUCCUUACAGUCUGUAUCCUGAGGAGAGGACUGAGGCUUCUUUUGGGAUGUGUGGAUGAGAGAGAGCGGGGUCCACAGAAUGAAGGAAGAGUUCCACACAUGCAUGAUGCACCCCCAAGUGACUAAGGCUGAGCAUCCGCACAAUAGUGCCGAGAUAUGUGGUUACACGACACGACAUGACAUUAGGCACACAUGGUCGAUCCAAGGACAGCCAAGGGAGCAUCAAGACAUUGACACUGACUUGUUUGUGUUUCUAUUGUUUGUAUACGGUAAUAGUACAUGUACACAUGGUUGCUUCUCCUUUUUCUGGAGUGUGUCAUGUCUGGCUGGACAGUUUACCAAUAAACAACAUUUUCAGAUUUCUGUGAGAAUAUUCCACCAUCAACUGACUUAUGUUCACCAUAAUACUAGUUGCAAAUUAAUGGAUAAUGUCUCUGAUGGCUAAAUCACAUCAUCUAGCCCUAACAACCUGUUUUAAUAGAGGAUGGAGUCGUUCUACCACCGUUUAAAAGUUCAAAGCAAUAAAACAUGACUAGAGGCGACCC